AUGGCAGACAGGCCUUAUCGCGGUCGCGGCGGCAGCUCUAGGGGCGGCAGUGGCGGCGGCCGCGGCGGAGGACCUGGCGGCCGCGGAGGACAGGGUGGUGGUGCUGGUAGCGCGGGCGGCGCCCAGGGCGAGCGCCCAAAGAAAGAGAAUAUUCUUGACCUCAAAAAAUACAUGGACCAGCGCAUCACCGUCAAGUUUAAUGGCGGGCGGGAGGUCACCGGAACCCUCAAAGGAUACGAUGCACUGAUGAACCUUGUCCUUGAUGACGUGGAGGAGGCUCUCAGAGAUGACGAAGGCAACGAGAAUACUCGAUCGCUAGGCCUCGUGGUCGCGCGCGGCACGCUACUCGUGGUUAUUAGCCCUGUGGACGGCAGCGAGGUCAUAUCCAACCCGUUCGCGGUGAACGACGAAGAGUGA